AUGGCUGGCUCUACCAAGGCAAAGCUGCGUACCAAGACGGGAUGCCUCACAUGCCGACAACGUCGUAAGAAAUGCGACGAAAAGUCACCUGUCUGCGGUAACUGCGCCUCUGUCGCGCGCGAAUGUCAAUGGCCGUCAUCAAAAGAUAUGAUCGACCGCCGUCACAUAUCCCACGACAGGUCGCGAUACAGGGAAUCUCGAUCCAAGUCUCCGUGUCAACAAUCACCAAAGCCACUUGACCUUGAGCUGGCACGAACCGAGUCUCCCGAAAGUCCUUGUAGUCCAGCUCAUUCCGAUGUCUCUGUCUGCCUUCACUCCGAAGUAGCCAUCUCUCACAGCGUCAUCUCCCGAGACCUGGAGACCUGUCUGUCUCAUCACUUUGCCAACAAAUACUACUCCCUUCUCCUACUACCCAGCUCUCAUCCGGGGUUCCACGAUGGAUGGCUUGCCGAGAUAAAGGAGCUCAUGGUAAAUCAUAAGAGCCUUUACUACUCCGUCUUGGCAUUGGCUGCGUCGCAUAUUUACCUGAUAGAUGGCUCCUGGUGCAUGCACGACCUCACGUUGAGGUACUACUCUAAUGCGCUGACCGAGCUUGCGCAACUGGUGGCCAACGUGUCAGAGUUUGAGAAUCACAACGGGCUGCUAAUGUCUGUCAUGCUGCUCUACAUUCAUGGGUCGAUGAGCUGGGACACUGAUAUCGAUGUCCCGCAACACAUCAGUGCAGCAUCGCGUAUCAUCACACUGCGCCUUUUGAACCGCCCCGUGGGGAUUGGCCGGUUAUUCGAUCGGCUGGCGGUCGAGAGCGUCAUGUACCACACCUUCUCCAUCACGACUGGCCUCUGGUCUGAAACGGAGAGAGUGAGCUAUGAUUUUGACCCUGAGUUUUGGGAUCGAGCCGAGAAGUUACUAGAUCGAUCUUUGUUCUUUCCAGGCGCACCCAGGGGUCUGAACAGUCCGGUACUCGGUGUACCAGUGUCCUUGUUUAGAAUAGCCCUGUUUCUUCGACGAUAUUUCUCAAACGGAUGUCCGCGGUCAGCCGAAUUUGAGCGACUGCAAGGCGAAGUCACUUCAUGGGAGGCACUCUUACUUGACGACAAGGAGCUUCGCUCUGGGUCUGUUGGCGAAACAGAAAACUUGACCUCACGGGAACGGUAUUUCAGAGACGUGAGCUACUUGUUUGCCCUCGCGGCCUCCUUGCUACUGGAACAGGCGUCACAGCAUGGGACAACAACUCCUCCGUUGAUGGUACCCAGCAACUGCUGGCAGAUUCAGCUGACCAGGAAAAUCCUGCGGCAACAUGUGGGUGACGACGGAUGGGCAAAGUGUUUUAUAGGGAACUGGCCUAUAUAUACGCUCGGACUCUUCAUGGAGUCCAAGGCAGAUCGAACAAUAGUUCGAGCAGAGCUUAAACGGCGAUGGGAGUUGACGAGGUUUGUCCAAGCGGCCCGGUUUGGUCGUGACUUGGAGGAAGCAUGGACAUGA